GUCCGAAGAAACUUGGUGGGGUUAUCCUGGAACUACGGCACAAAAAUAGUCCCCCUCCAAUUGCACACGCCAUGCGCUGGCUGCCUCCUUCCAAUUCUUGCCCAGUCAUCGCGCGUCUCCCGACUCCAACGCGCGGCCGGUAGGGCGACGUCGCCAGCCAUCUCCCGACUCCUGAACGCGCUGCCGGGUAGCUAGGGCGACGUCGCCAGCCAGCGCUGUGAGCUCGGCCGGCCUUCCGUACAUACGGGUGACGUGACCAUGGGUUCCAUGGGGCGUCACCUGCGGUUGCGCUCCGUCUCCAUGAACUCCUCGGCGACACGUUCGACGGACACCGCCGAGCUCGACUUCGCCGCAGCUGACCUGGACUGCCCCUUCGGCAGCGUCGUUGCGCUCGGCCCGGUGGAGCUCCGCGAAACAGCGUACGAGAUCUUCUUCAUGUCCUGCCGCUCGUCUGGCAGCACCACGGCGUCGUGCACGCGGGGCACAUUGGAGGGGGAGGUGUCGUCCCCGGUGUCGUCGCCGGUGGCUGGGGCGAGGGGCGGAGGUGGCCUCAUGUGCAGCCGGAUCAAGAAGGCCCUGGGCCUGAAGAUGAGGCGGUCCACGCCGACAAUGGUGCGUACGCUGAGCCAGACUUCUGGCCCGGCCUCCCCUGGCCGCGCGCGGCGGCCGAUGACGUCGGCCGAGAUCAUGCGGCAGCAGAUGCGAGUCACCGAGCAGAGCGACGCGCGGCUGCGCCGGACGCUCAUGCGCGCCGUCGUCGGCCAGGUUGGCAGGAGGCCAGAUACGAUCGUCCUCCCACUAGAGCUCCUCCGGCAGCUGAAGCCGUCCGAGUUCGCCAACGGCGAGGAGUACCACCAGUGGCAGUUCCGUCAGAUCAAGCUCCUGGAGGCCGGCCUCAUCCUGUACCCUUCCAUGCCCCUCGACCGCCUCCACGCCGCCGUGCUCCGGUUCCGCGAGGUCAUGCGCGCCACCGGGAUCCGCGCCAUCGACACGAGCAAGAGCUCCGGCGCGAUGCGCGCCCUCACCAACGCCGUGCACGCCCUGGCCUGGCGCCCAAACACCGGCACCGAGGCCUGCCACUGGGCCGACGGCUACCCGCUCAACGCGAUCCUCUACGUCUGCCUCCUACACACCGUCUUCGACCUGCGGGAGCCCACCGUGGUGCUGGACGAGGUGGACGAGCUGCUGGAGCUCAUCAGGAAGACUUGGCCGAUCCUGGGAGUCAGCAGGGCGGUCCACAACGUGUGCUUCGCGUGGGUGCUGUUCCGGCAGUACGUGGCCACCGGGCAGUCCGAGCCGGACCUCGCCGCCGCGGCGCUCACCGUGCUCGCUGACGUGGCGGCCGACGCGAAGCAUGCUGGGACACGUGACCUGGUGUACGGGAAGGUGCUUCUCGGUGCGCUCGGCAAGAUGCAGGAGUGGUCGGAGAAACGGCUGCUGGAAUACCACGACAGGUACCACGAGAAAGCAGGCGUCGGUCGCGGUGUCGCCGUGGAGAGCAUGGAGAUCUUGCUCUCGUUGGCGCUUUCCGCCGGCAAGAUCGUCGCAGACCGGGAAUACACGGCCACCAAGAACAACUUCGCCACCGACCGCGUCGAUUGCUACAUCAGGUGUUCGAUGAAACACUCCUUCACCAAAAUACUUGAGAGCGGGACUGGCGAGGACGGCUGGAUGAGCGGCCGCGACAGCGACCCCGGCGUGGUCAUGGAGAGGCUUGCGAGUGACACGGAGCAGCUGGCCGUGUCAGAGCGCAGGAGCUUCAGCCCGCUGCUGAGGCGGUGGCACCCGGCCCCAGUGGCGGUGGCCGCGGUCACCCUGCACGGGUGCUUCGGCGUGGUGCUGAGGCGGUACCUGGGCAGGAUUACCAUCCUGACGGAGGAGCUCGUCCGGGUGCUCCACGCGGCGAAUCGGCUGGAGAAGGCCCUGGCGCAGAUGACCGCCGAGGACGCGGCGGACUGCGUCGACGGCCGGGCCAAGGCAGUCGUCGGUGACAUGGAGCCCUACGAGGUGGAGACCGUGGUCGUGGGCUUGCUCAAGGCUUGGAUGGACGAUAGACUUCGGAGCGCCAGGAACUGCCUCCUCAGAGCCAAAGAAACCGAGAGCUGGAUACCCAAAUCCAAAGAGGAGCCCUACCCUGGGUCGGCAAUGGAGCUGAUGAAGCUGGCAAGGGCGACCAUGGAGGAGUUCUCCCAGAUCCCGGCGACCGCGAAAGACGACGUGGUUCCGGAGCUCGUGGGCGGGCUCGAGUCCAUCUUCCAAGAGUACAUCACCUUCGUCGCGGCGUGCGGGUCGAAGCAGAGCUACCUGCCUCCCCUGCCGCCCCUGACGAGGUGCAACCAGGACUCGGGCUUCUUCAGGCUAUGGAAGAAGGCGGUGCUCCCGUCGUGCCAGGCGCCGGACCAGGGCGGCAGCCCGCGCGGCGGCUCGCACCACGCCCCGCGCCCGUCCAUCAGCCGCGGCACGCAGCGCCUCUACGUCCGCCUCAACACCCUCCACUACGUCCUCACCCACGUCCACGCCAUCGACAAGUCCCUCUCCUCCUCGUCCUCUUCGCCGCCUCAGUCGGCCUUCGACCGCACCCUGGCCGCGGCCCAGAGCGCGGUCACCCACGUGGCCGAGGUGGCCGCGUACCGGCUCAUCUUCCUCGACUCGCGCCACUCCCUGUACCACGGUCUCUACGCGCGCAGCAGCGUGGCCGACGCCCGCAUCCGGCCGGCGCUGCGGUCGCUGAAGCAGAACCUGUCGUUCCUGGUCUCCGUGCUGGCCGACCGCGCGCAGCCCGUGGCGGUGCGGGAGGUGAUGAAGGCCGCGUUCCAGGCGUUCCUCAUGGUGCUCCUGGCGGGGGGAAACGACCGGAGCUUCGGCAGGGGAGACCACGCCAUGGUGGAGGAGGACUUCCGGAGCCUGAAGCGCGCCUUCUGCACGUGCGGGGAAGGGCUGGUGCCCGAGGAGGUGGUGGCCCGUGAGGCCGAGGUCGCCGAGGGCGUCGUCGAGCUCAUGGCAAAGGCCACGGAGCAACUCAUCGACGCUUUCGGCGCCGCCACGUCGCGCUCCAUCGCCGCCGGCGGCGGCGGCAGGGAGGAGACCGCCGCCGCCCCCGUGCUGGAGACGGCGUCGAGGCGGUGGGACCCCGCCGACCCCAACACGAUCCUCCGCGUGCUGUGCCACCGCGACGACGAGGUCGCCAACCAGUUCCUCAAGCGCACCUUCCAGCUCGCCAAGCGGCGGUGAAGCAGGCCGGACAAGUGCUCGAUGGAAAGGGGAUUUAGCAGCUGCUACGUUUAGUCCCGUGAUUGUUUCUGCAGUUCGAACGCGUCGUCGUCUCCACGUACAGUACCUGUAAGUCAGCCCAUGUAAAACAGAGUCCAGUACUGAGGCUCGAGCUUUUGCCAUAAACACGGUACUUGGGCUUCGGGUCCAAACAUUCGUGGAAGUUCUCUCUGGCCCUAUUUCUCCCCACUGCCGUCGUGACCACCACGAGCUAUCUAUUUCGGUGCACGCCGGCCGCAUUCCCGCCGCCAGAGAGAGAAAGCUGGAAGCACCGCCGUCGACCGCCCCCUGGCCAUGGCAUCUCCGGCCCAACCUGCCCCUGGUGACACCACCCAGCGCUGCCCGCCGUGCCACCUUCCUCUGUGUCUGUGAGUACUUUCGUUCUGGGGUUUCCUUUUAGCUGUUCCUAUUCAGAUUGCUUGAUAAGUUUUCUUACUCUUGCUUCGAUUAAAGUGGGCGUCGCUGCAGGCCGCAGCUGCGUACAUGCUCGAAUAUUCCAUGGUAGGAAUGUGAAAUCACUCAUCAGUAAUAGUAGCUGUUUAUGCACUCUGUAUUAUGAAAUGAGGACCGAUUUUUUCCAAAUAUAUUGGCAAAUGAAUGGUACAGGUAGUACGGUGUGUAGAUAUAUUUUCUUCUUAAUACGAUUGCCUAAGUAGUUUUAGAAGAGCUUUCCAAAAGUUAAUGCAGUCUUCUUUUUAGGAGGUCAUAAAAUGAUCACGCUGACAAUUGCAUAUGGAAACACUGUUUGCUACCAAGCAAGUUAUGUGUCUACAUUUUUCUUUAUGGAUUGCGAUCAAGUUGAACCGUAUCACAAGUUCACAACUCGAAGUACGUUUAGAGAAUGCACAAAAGUCACCCAUACUUUUUUCUUUGAUACCUCAAUUACAUUAUUCGUGCAACAAACUGAACAGCAGUAUACAUAAUUAACCCAUAGUUUGUUUUUGAUCAUA